AUGACAAUCCGUCCUAUUAAGAAGAUUAAGCUUCCGCAGGAGUCCGUAGAAAGCUCGGUUGUAGACGACCCCUUUAGCAAGUUAAGCACUGUUCCGGAGCUUCUUGGCAUGGCGUAUAUCCAAGAAGUGGAGGCCAGAUACAUUUCUGUUAUUGAAACAAUCAUACUCCGAAUAAACUCCGAUCUCAGCGAGAAAGUGUGGGUGUACGGCCCCAGGAAGAUAACCAGCCACAUAAUAUCUGUUAUAUCGAAUGUCACGGGGAAGCCUCUGGAAAUUUUGAACAAAAAGUCUGCCUGCGAAAAGGACAGCCUCUACUUCCUGGACAUGUCCAGCAGCACAAUGAAGUCCGGCCGGUCCAUACUGUACAGAAUCCUGGAGAAGGGGGCGCCCUCUGGCUCAAAAAAGACCAAGUUUAUAUUCCAAAUCCCCCGGGUGUCCGACAUGAUGAAGCUAGAUAAGAGAAUAGUGAGCCGGAUGGACGGCGUAAAGGCGUAUGUUAAAGAACUCCGCGAAAAAGAGUAUUUGAAAAUCUUCAGCACCGUCAUUGAAAUUCUGAAGGCGCGCGUGGAGGAGUACGCAAAAAAAGGCGUGCAGUUUAACUUCCAGAGGAUAGAGGAAAAGCUAGAAGAAUUCGUGCAUUUUGCAUACCUUAUGGAUAACACGUACGAAGGAAUGUCUCUGCGGUUUUUCAAGUUUAUAUACGAGGUGGAAGAGGCCAAGCCGUACGCCCUGCUCAACUCCAUCCAUCUGAUAAUACUCUUGUCCGCAACUGUGAAGAGAGUCACGCUCUGCAGCGUCUACGACGAGUUUGAGCGGCGGGUGGCAAACCAGGCGCACCUAAAAAGAACCAGAAAAGACACUGUAUUUAGAAGGCUGACCGACCUUAUGUCAACAGGCCUAAUUGCUCGCGGAUACUUCACAAGCGACAGGCAGGAGCUGGAGGCUGAGGUGCUUUCCAGAAAUGAAGUUUCUCUUAAAGUCAUGCUGGACAGAGUCAAAUCUCACUGGGGAAGGCUUUCCUGCUAG